GGUCGGAAGUGGUGAGGGCGGGGCCGGCGCCGAGUGGCGAAGUCAGAAGACUUGCUAAGAUGCUGCUGGAUUUGUCCGAGGAGCACAAGGAGCACCUGGCCUUCCUGCCGCAAGUGGACAGCGCGGUGGUCGCCGAGUUUGGGAGGAUCGCCGUGGAGUUCCUCAGACGGGGAUCAAACCCGAAGAUCUAUGAAGGCGCCGCCAGAAAACUCAAUGUGAGUAGCGACACUAUCCAGCAUGGUGUGGAAGGAUUAACAUAUCUCCUCACGGAGAGCUCAAAGCUCAUGAUUUCUGAACUGGAUUUCCAAGACUCUGUUUUUGUUCUGGGAUUCUCUGAAGAACUGAACAAACUAUUGCUUCAGCUCUACCUGGACAAUAGAAAGGAGAUCAGAACUAUUCUGAACGAGUUAGCACCGCGCCUUCCCAGCUACCACAGCCUUGAGUGGCGGCUAGAUGUACAGCUUGCAAGCAGAAGUCUCCGGCAACAAAUGAAGCCAGCAGUGACUAUAAAGCUGCACCUGGACCAGAGCGGCGACCACAGCACUCACUGUCUGCAGACAGACCCGGCUACCCUGCUUCACCUGGUUCAGCAGCUGGAGCAAGCCUUAGAGGAAAUGAAAACAAACCACUGCAGGAGAGUGGUCCGAAGCAUCAAGUAGCCUGAGGUCCCCUUCCUUCCGGCUGGCAGUUCAGGAGUGGCAGUGGUACAUCUGCACUCCAUGGAGCUUCUUUUCCUGCUCGAUCAGAAGCUGAACCACAGUUCCCUUUUGGUGCUAAAUGCAGUCAGCCUCUUGACAGAUUGAGAACAUUUAGUAUUUGAAGUGUGUAAAUAGGAUGGACCAACUAAAAUGAAUCAGUACUGUUCGUGUGUUCUGUGUAUAUGGGACUCUUUGGACUUGGAUAUUUUCUUAUCUGCUUUAUUUCCUUUGUCCUCGAUCAAAAUUUGAAAAUAAAAUUCACUGUUACUACUUAGAACUCUUUCUAGACAGUUCAGUAUCUUUGCUUCUAAAAGCACUAUACAAUUACAGCCAUAGAAAAAGGCAAAUAGGACUUUUACAAGCUUUUCUAUAUUGUUACAGGUAGUGUGUGUAUUCUUGUUUGUAUGUAAAGAUGAUAAGUAGCAUUUACCAUAUUGCUUACGUUUGAGUCAUGGGGGCUAAUUGAUGUAAGUGAUAUACAAAUUUGUGUGAUCCUAAUGUACAUUUUAUCAGGGACUAAAGUAACUAAAAGGCACACCAUUGUUUAGAUUUAUAAACAAUGAUGUAAGAGUAGACUAAUCAAUUCUUUUUUAUAUUUGCUUAUUUAGUGUGUAUGAGUGUUUUUGCGUACAUGUAUGUCUGUGUACCACAUGUGUUCAGUGCACACAGAGGCUAGAUGAGGUAUUGGAUCACUUAGAGCUAGACUUAGAAAGCGCUUUGCUUCCGUUGUGUGCUGAGGCUCAAACCCAGGUCUUCUACAAGAGCAGUCAGUGCUCAUAAUCACCAAACCAUCUCUCCAGCCCCAAAGUAGGUUUUGUUUUUUAAUAUUUAUUUUGUUUGUGUGUGUUUAGAUCCAAAGUCUAAAGUUAGUGAGUUAGUUUUCUCUUCCUAUCCUAUGGCUCUUUGGGAUAGAAUUCAGGUCAUCAGGCAUAUUGACAAAAACUUUUAACCCAGUAGUUAUCUUAAAUACAUAGACAUAAUUUUUAAUUACACCAAGAACUAAGUUAAUGAAGCUGCCACAUUAACAAACCCACAAGCGAAGGAAACCAUGAUUUAGCAAUGCAUGUCACUGGGUUUAAAGGUAGCCUGCCUGCCAGUCUAUGUGAUAGCUCUGUGAGGUUCACUGUCUACAGCUGACAGCAGAUGAGCUGGACUGGCCCCACCAGUAUUGAACUGUUAGCCUGUGUCCCUCCAAUCGACCUUUCUUCCACCUCUUGACUCAUUGCUCUUUGGCCAAUCAAAAGAUGAAAGAAUUGACACGGUGGUGCAUGACUGUAAUUCUAGUGCCUGGGACAUCUCUGAGUUCCAAGGCCACUCGGUCUGCAUAACAGAUUCUAGGCCAACUAGUCCCUGUCUACACAGACACACACACACACACACACACACACACACACACACACACACACACACACACCCAAGAAAAAAGCAUAUGCUACUUAAAAAAGGAAGAGAAAAAUCCAGUUCUCAUGACUGUUCUCUGUAUGCAUUUUAUCUGUGAUGAUGGGCUCUCUUGGGGACAAAGAAGGAUCGUUAGUAAUCCCUUUCCCCUCCCUGUACACACCUCUUAGAUCUUGUACACCAUCAAGUAAGCAUAUCCCUUUGUUUUUCUCAGACAUUGUUUUAUGACGCAUUUGGUAAUUUUCAAUUCUUAAUAACUUUUUAAAAAUAAAUUAGCAUACAAAUG